CUCUUUUCCAGGGCCGUUACCACAUCUUCCCAAGAACAUUUUUCACCACGACGAAACAGUGGUGCGCUCCUUCCAAAUAACGCAGUCGUUAGUCGUCCCGAACACAGAAUACUCGCUUUUUUCGCUCAUCUCGGUCGAACUUGACGUGGGCAGAAGACAUCAUGAUAAAUUUUCUGAUUUGGGCUUCUUGACAAUCAGUUCUUCUACUCUGAAUGCCUAUAGGUUGUUCCGACACCCCCGUUCCUCGACAGUAACUCAUUAGACCGUGACCAAAGCCCUGUCAAAGUUCUGUACCCCAGCGCAGAACUUCCCUUCCCGUUCCAAGCGUAACCUGGGCUGGACAGCGGACACAUAUCAAGCACACCCGGAUCCAUUCCCAGAGUAUGUUCGGAUACUUUACCAGUCGGGAUAUCGGGAUAUUCUGGAUGUUGAGUUGCCAUAUGGCAGAUGCCGCAUUUACUCCUUUGGAUCUGUGAACUUAAUCGCGGAUACCAUAAAAAAGAACUUCGGGAUCCUGUCGCCUCUACAUAAGUACCCCCUCGGUCCUCUCCCUUUACUCCUACGCUGCCCAAUCUGCUGCUAUGGUGGGCCCCGCAACGACGAUUGACAAUACCCUCGGUCUUCUGUUCAAUGUCGCGAUAAUCACCGCUGCCCUCUGGGGUGCUGGAUCACUACAAGGAUGGUUUUACUUCCGCAAAUACAACAGCAGAGACCCGAUAGGUACUCGUCUACUUAUUGCCUUCAUAAUGGUGGCCGAUACUGUACAGGAGGCCAUGAUCUGUGAGGCGGUCUACAAGUACGCUGUCUCGAUGCAUGGAGAUCCGGCAGCAAUGACGCACAUGGUUAAAACUAUCCUGAUCGAGUUGUUCUUCGCUGGAGCAAUUGGAUUCGCAGUGCAACAGUUCUAUAUCUACCGCAUCUUCCGCCUGAGCAAUAAUAACUACUACAUCGCGGGGAUAGUGUCUCUGCUUUCGUUCGUCUCCCUCGCUUUAUUAUGGGGCUAUGCUAUCGUGACUCUUGGGUAUUCCUCGUUGGGAGAACUCAUUCGUCAACAAGAUUGGGCGACUGCUCUCAAUGUCAUGAGUGCCGUGACCGAUCUAGCUAUCACCGUCGCGAUGAUAUGGUGUCUCCAGGGUAAGAAGACCGGAUUCCGAAAAAGUACGGACAUUAUCAACCGAAUGAUUAUCUUCACCUUCAAUACUGGGAUAGUGACUACUGUCCUCUCAAUUGCCGAUGUCAUCACUCUCAACACCAUGCCUGAGACCUUCGUCUACAUGGGGUUCUUCCUGAUCCGAGAUCGAUUCUACACGAACUCGAUUCUCGUAACCCUGAAUUCGCGAGAAUACAUUAAAGGCAGCGCGGUUUCAACCGAGCACGAAACCAUCUCUUUGGGAAAAUUCUCACAAACGAGUUCCAACGGUAGAUCGCGGGCUCCCCAAGAGACCCACACUCGGGACAUUGCCAUUAGGAUUGAAAAAUCUACUUGCCACGAUACAGGCGCGAUCGGUGAAUAUGAUACAAGUCCCACCGGGAAGAGCGCAAAAUUUUCAGAGUCUGAUGGAAGUCCCCAUGCCGUAUGAGAAGCCAAAAAGAAACUCGGGUUGCAUUGAGAUACCAAUUCACAGUUUGGAGCUUUAAUAUUCACACAUCACUGUUUGUUUUUGUUUCCAAAGCAUUUUUUUUUGUACAUUCGUUUGUACGUUCCCCUACGUUGUACCGCACUUACAUUCUUUUAUCAACACUGUGAACUCACGUUGGUCCCGGU